AUGGAACCAUUUGCAAAGAAGAAGAAGCUCUCAAUUUCUGGCACAGCAACCAACGAAGAACAACUCACCGAUAGCGGAAGCAGUAUUCACAAUACUUCACAAGAAACCAAAAAGUUUAACAAGUUAAACAAGAUGGUUGAGAUGGAGGGUGCUGAAUCCCAUGAAGAUGAUCUUGAAGAUUUUGAAGAACAAGAUGAAGCAUCAGAUGUAAGCCGUGAUGAUGAAUUAACGUGUAGUGCCAACGAUGUUAUUCGCUUCCGUCUUGUCAGAAACGAAUCCGAUAUUGAACAACAAUACAUUGAUACAAAUGAUGUAGAACAUCAUCAUAAAUUGAUGGAAUUCCAUCCACAAUUCACCUAUCAAUUAUUUGGAGAAGAGGAAAAAAUUGAUGGUUAUGAGAACCUCCGAAUUAAUUUCUAUUUUACUAAAUCAUUAUACUGUUGGUUUAACGUUCAGUAUGACACUAAGAGUGAUGACGCAACAGAUGUUAAAUCAAUCUUUGCUGCAAAGGAGUUGGAAUUUCAAUUCUCGGAAUUUAGUGCAGUCCCUCUCUACUUCCCAUAUACUGAAAAUUUAUCUGAAUUUAAAUCCAAGAUAAAUCAACCAAAUACACCAAAAGGAGAACAAAUUGAUGUUUAUUAUAGAGAUGGAAAAGUUUUUGAAAUUUACAAAUGUACAAUGUCACAAAUUGCAGCACUUCACAAACCAUGGCAAUUCUUGUGUCUAUUCUUUAUUGAAGGAACUUCAUAUAUUGAUGAUCAAGAUAAUCUAUGGGAAUUCUUUUUAGUAUAUGAAAAAAUUAAGGAUCAUGAAAAUAAUUUCGAAUAUAUACCUGUUGGUUUCUCAUCAAUAUAUCCAUUCUUUACCCUGAAGAAAGAAGAUGGUGUAUUAAAAGAUAAGAGAAGAUUGAGAGUGAGUCAAUUUUUAAUAUUGCCUCCAUUCCAACGUCAAGGACAUGGAAGAAAACUCCUCCUUGCAAUUUAUACAUAUGCCAUCAAGGGUUACAAGGAACAAAAGAGUUUGAUUGGAUAUAAUGCUCUUCAAAAUGUGGAAGAAAAGACCUACGAACCAAGAGAAUGCUAUGAAGUUACUGUGGAAAACCCUGGUGAUGAAUUCCAAUUAAUGAGAAAUAAGGUUGAUGUAGAAGUAUGUGGUCCAAUAUUUAAAGCAGCUAAGAGAAAGGCAGACGAAAAGGAAGGAGAAACAUUUGAAGAAUUUAAAGCUAGAGCUAAGCCACUCACAAAACUCUCUGAUACUCAACUCAGAAAAUGUUUUGAAGUCCUGUGGCUGAAACAUCUCAAUGACAAUGUAAAUACUACCCAAAAUGACAGAAAUGAAUUGAAAUUAUUUAUCAAGAAGAGACUAUACAGUGAAUACGAUAUGGAAGGUGCAUUUGAGGAUCACAAAGAAAGAAAGGAAAAAUUAGAGGAAUUAUGUGAAGGAGAGAUUGAUGAGUACAAGGUGUUACUGAAAUAA